GGCAGACGGCACGCAGGUUGCUCCGGUUCGCGGCCGCACUUCUCCCGCCCGCCUCCCUUGGAGCUGUUGAGGCCGCGGUCUCCGCGGAGCGGUGUCAGUAAAGCCAGGGCUGCAGUUAUUUGGGAAACUGAAGGUUUGGCUCCAGUGCCCAAGCGAGUAAUGAGCCGCGCUGGACAAGAUAUGGCGUAGUUCGCUGCGGCUAGCGAUUAUCUCCUUGGCGGAGAGAGCUGCUGUUAAAACCCGAUAAAUGUGCUUCUUGCCAAACUCUGAUGUGUCCGUGGGGAGCCCCUAACACAGCAUCAAUAUCAUGUUCCUUUGCUGAUGUAAUGAGUGAACAGCUGGCAAAAGAGCUGCAGCUGGAAGAAGAAAAUGCUGCUUUUCCUGAAGUGGUUGCUGUUGCUGAAGGACCAUUUAUUGCAGGAGAAAAUACUGACACUUCUAGUGACCUAAUGCUAGCUCAGAUGCUGCAGAUGGAAUUUGACAGGGAAUAUGAUGCACAGCUUCGGCGUGAAGAGAAGAAGAUCAACGGAGAUAGCAAAGUCUCCAUAUCCUUUGAAAACUAUCGGAAGGUGCAUCCCUAUGACAGUGACAGCUCAGAGGAUGAGGUCGAUUGGCAGGAUACCCGUCAUGAUCCUUAUAGAGCAGAUAAACCUACUACUACACCUAGAAGGGGCUUCAUAGGAAAAGGAAAAGACAUUACUACUAAACAUGAUGAAGUGGUAUGUGGAAGAAAGAACACUGCUCGCAUGGAAAAUUUUGCACCUGAAUUCCAAGUUGGGGAUGGAAUUGGGAUGGACUUAAAGCUGUCAAAUCAAGUCUUCAAUGCCUUAAAGCAACAUGCGUACUCUGAGGAGCGUCGAAGUGCAAGACUCCAUGAAAAGAAGGAGCAUUCCACUGCUGAGAAAGCAGUGGAUCCUAAAACGCGUUUACUUAUGUACAAGAUGAUCAAUUCUGGAAUGCUGGAGACCAUCACAGGCUGCAUCAGCACAGGAAAAGAAUCUGUUGUUUUUCAUGCAUAUGGAGGAGAAAGUGCAACUGAAGAUAAAGUUAUACCUCCAGAAUGUGCCAUCAAAGUGUUUAAAACAACUCUUAAUGAAUUCAAGAACCGUGACAAGUACAUUAAGGAUGACUACAGAUUUAAAGACCGCUUUGGUAGAUUGAAUCCACGAAAGAUUAUUCGUAUGUGGGCUGAGAAAGAAAUGCAUAACUUAACAAGAAUGCAAAAUGCAGGAAUUCCUUGUCCUAAAGUGGUUCUCCUUAAGAAACACGUCUUGGUUAUGUCUUUCAUUGGCCAGGAUCAAGUCCCAGCUCCUAAACUAAAGGAUGUAACACUUAGUAGUGAAGAUAUGAAAAAGGCCUACCAUCAGAUUCUUAAUAUGAUGCAGCAGCUGUAUAAGGAGUGCAACCUCGUCCAUGCCGAUCUGAGUGAAUACAACAUGCUUUGGCAUGAUGGGAAGGUGUGGCUAAUUGAUGUCAGCCAAUCUGUGGAGCCAACCCAUCCUCAUGGACUUGAGUUUCUGUUCAGAGACUGUAGGAAUGUUUCACAGUUCUUCCAGAAAGGAGGUGUGGCAGAAGCACUAAAUGAGCGUGAACUCUUCAACGCUGUCUCAGGUUUAAAUAUUACAGCUGACAACGAAGUAGACUUCCAAGAAGAGAUUGAAGCCUUGGAGAAGAGGAAUGAAGAUCAUGUGCAAAAUCAUGGAAAGAAACUGUCGAGGUUUUCGAGCAGUGGAGAUCCACCUAUAUAUGAUGAAUAGCACUGACUGUAUAGCUGCUACUGUAACAAAACACAAGUUUACUGCUUCUAUGUUGGUGCAGUGGUAAAUGCCAACUACUCGUGUCAAGAGAGUGUGGUUGACUGCGAAUGCCAAAAUGGAAAACACAGCGAGCGUAUGGUGAUGCCUCAGUGGUUUUAUGUUUUAACUUAGCCCACACGUCAGGCUGGCACUGUGAGAAUGGACCUCACUACCUCUUCAGACAGUCUGACAACUUCACCAACUGCCCAGUUUCAUUAGACGAAUGUAGCCAAGGCGGUCAUAUUUUACGUGAUUGAGAGCUUAUAUGUUCUAGUUU